AUUAAAGCACGAUGAUGAUUCAUCGUAGUUAUUUAAAUAGUAUCACAGAUAACUGCAUCAUAUAUGUAUAUAUGACAUCGAUAAUGUACAUAUAUACAAGUAUUAUAAGAGUCAAUCUUAAGGUUAAUUUAUAUCAAAUACAUAUAGCAUAGAAUUUUCUACGUAAAAAAAUACACAAAUAGAUCUUUUGAAAGAAAUAAAAGUAAAAACUGGAUAAAAUUCUGAAUCGGGAUAUAUUUUAGAGCAGAAUCACGAUACAAAGGUAUCAAAUCUGUUUACGCUUACGUUGGUAAUCAUACCGGGAUGCGAUAACGAUAUAUAUAUAUAUAUAUACACACACACACUUAUGUAUAUAUACAUAUACGUCGCGGCGCAUGUCAAAUCGCGCGUGUCCGCCGCUCCAUCGGCUCGUCGAGAAAGAUAUUUUUUGCGGUUCUGAAAUGUGAGAUCGGCAAAUUGUCCGUGUGGAAAGAAGUAUCCGGGAUUUGGAAGUGCCGUGGCGUUAUUUUCGACCGGAGGCGAGAUAAGGAUGGCGGAAUCGAACGGGCCGAUCCUUCACGUCAUCGUCGUCGGGUUUCAUCACAAAAAAGGCUGUCAGGUAGAAUACUCGUUUCCGCCUUUGGUGCCUGGCGCGCCUAACGAAUGCCCCUUAGGAUGGAAGUACCUGCCUACGCUCGCCCUACCCGAUGGUUCUCACAAUUACGACGAGGAUACAGUCUAUUUUCAUUUGCCUAGUCUCAACGAUCCAAAACGCACAAUAUAUGGCAUUUCAUGUUUUCGACAAAUACCAGUAGAGAAAUUAAAAAAUCGCACUUCUGAUAUAACAAGAGGCACUGUUCAAAAAUCGGUGUGCGUGCUGAGUACUUUGCCUUUGUACGGGCACAUUCAAGUGAAAAUGGCUCUAAUAACGCAUGCAUAUUUUGACGAGGGAGAUUUUAGUAAAGUGUCCUUAUUGGAGGAUACUUAUCAUCAUCUUAAUUCAUGUAUGAGUGGUGAUAGUCAGAUUCCGCCGCAAAUUUUUGUUGGUUUGUCCGCAAGAGAUUUUAUACUACAAUUUCGUCAUAAAGUAUUGCUCUUAUUUAAAUUACUUUUACUUGAGAAAAGGAUAGUUUUUUAUCAAUCACCUGUACAGCCAUUGUGUGCUACGAUAUUGACUCUAUUGUCACUAUAUCCUGGCAUGAUUGAGCACGGCCUUCAACAAGCGGCGUGUGUCAGACCAUCUAGGCCAAUGUCUCCGAUACCGACUUUUGACGAAGAAGAAUUCUCGACAAACAAUGUCGAUUCUAACUUAUCGUCCACUUGUAUUGUCAAAGACAAUAUAUCUAAGUCGAACCAUGAACAAUGUAAUGACAAUAGUAAUAGAAAUUCAUUGUGCAUCAACGAUAACAAGACCGUCGAGUCCAUGGAGGGCAAGUGCUUGGAUGGGCUGCAACAUGUAACUCUGCAGAAAAAUAACAAUGAUAAUGAAAAUAUAAAUAUGAAAGUAAUCGAAAUCGAGUCGGCGCAAGAAUGCACGGAAUCUUAUUUAGAAGAGAGCAACUCCAAAUACUCGCCACAGACGAACGAAAACGUACACAGAGUGCACAGUGUAAACACAAUCACGCUGAAUACGGGCGAUACAGAUAAUAGUUUACCCCGCGAUACGAGUAACGAUGCGCUCUCCGAUGCGAGAUUAACGAACAACAUCACGCAAAUCGCGCAUAUUAAUCCUGAAUUGUGCGGCCUACCUUUGGAGCUAUUUACAAAGGGAUAUCUUUGCUUACCCUAUCUGUCUUUACCUUAUCUGGAUCUCUUGGGAGACGUGAAUGUUAGAGGAUAUAUAGUGGGCGCUACAAAUGUAUUGUUUAAACAAAAGAAGCAACUUAUUGACGUAUUAGUUGAAAUUGAAAAUACCCGAAUAGAGGCAACCGAUCCCGAACUGAGACGACAGUUGCAUCUUACUACCGAAGACUUGAGAUUCGCCGAUUACAUCGUGAGGCACGUAGCCGAACCUCGGAAGGAUAUCUUUCUGGACGGGGUAGGAUGGGAGGGUGGCGACGAGUGGAUCAGAACGCAGUUUCGGGUGUACCUGUUGAGCAUGCUGCGUACCUGUAUGCAGCAGGAUACCCGUCAGUCGGAUCAUUAUAACGCAGCAUUUGUGUCCGCGUGGCGCGCUACAAACAACUAUAAGGCGUGGUGCAACGCGAGCAAAUCGGAGAUACUCAAUAUCGAGCCUGGUCAUCCCUUUGCUGGUCAACUGUCAGUGCAGGAUAUGAAACUACGUUUGUCACAUACGAUGCAAAACACAGAAAGCGGCAGAAAGUUAAAUCAAGCAAUGGCAUCGACAGGACGCGCAGUAGCGACCACUGGGAAAGCUGUAGGGGGAGCGCUAUCACAAGCGAAAGGGGCAUUCUCGAACUGGUGGAGCACGCUAACGACAGUUCAGCCGGUCGAUGAAGCAAAGAUUGACAAUCAAACGACAAACAAUCAUCAUACAGUGUCCAACGCCACGGACAAAGAGUCUAUUGAAGACGAGGAGAUGAAUGUCUCUACUACCAAUAACGCGGAUAUUGCCGUAGAUCUUGAUUAAUAUAAAAACAUAUAUCAAUGAGAACCGUGAACGAUCGAAAUUAAAAAUGCAAAGGGCACCCGUGAAAAGCAUAAUAUAUAACGUAAAGUUACGUAAAACUGAAACAAAGAGUUUCUUGCAAGACACAUAUAGAACAUACUUGUUAAAUGAUCGGACUUUUUAAAGGAUCUCAGUUUUAGAAGCAAGUUUCGAGAAGCAAGAAAGAAUAAAACCGCGUAUGUACAAUAGACUUUAUUAAUGUGAUAUGCAAUUUUAUGGGGCGAGGUUCUGUAGAUCUGUAAACUGCUGUGGGCAAAUACUAAAACAAGUUACAAACUGAAAUACCUUGCUCGAGUAAGCUUUUGUAAUUUUCUCCGAAUACUCUGUAUAUAAUUUCCAUAUGAUUUAUAUGUGUCUCUAAAAUAUGUGAUAUAGUUUUAUUACACAAAUGAUACAAUUAUUACAAUGCUUUUUAACAUUGCAUGCUAUAAUUAAGCAAUGCUAUAUAAAUAUAUAUAUAUAUAAAUCUCUUAAUUAAUUUUAAUUCUUUAUUAAGUAACAGAAAGCAUUUUUUCUUUCUCACAGAAUGAAUCGAUCUUAGUAAAUCUUGCCUGCUCUUAACAAGAGCAAUCGUGUAUUUACAUGUAUACGAAAAUAUUAUUGUUUCGCGUUUAUACAUAUAGAAAUACUCUCGCUUAAGAAGUACCUGUAUUCCUUGUAUAUAAAAAAUAGUAUACGUAUAUCUCGAUUAUUAUUGCAGUGAUCUCUUUGUUUUGCACGCUUCGCGUAUUAUUUCAACGGGAUUAUUUAAUUUAUUGCUCAGAUAGGAGAAAAGUAUAUCGGUAUAAGAAUACGUAAAGAAAUUUUCUCGCGGGAGAAGAGUGGCAUAUAUUUGACAUAUGCCAAAUUACAGAUUCUCGAUUGUAACAAAUCAUUUACAGGGUUUUAUUAUUUUGUAUUGUCGUGAAUAGCGUGGAUUAUAUAUAUGUAAAAGAUAUGGAAAGUUCGGAACUAGAACACAGCCAGUAUCCGACAUAAACGUAAAUAUUGUACAUUGUUCCAUAAUUCAUUUCACUAGGGUUAAUCCUGUUAUUGACAAUAUUGCUACCUCCAUUUAUUGUCGAGAUUACACCGUACAUAUUAGUUCCGAGUACGACGUGACGAUAUCUACGAUUUGCUAGAUCCAGUAAUAGAUUCGAACCGAGAUGGAUAGUUAAACUGACUCUAUAUCCUUGUAUUCGUCGGAAUGAAUUGUUAGCUUACGAAGAUCGUGGACGAUCAUUCGUGGAAGGAAAAAGAGAGCUGCCAUUUUAAUCGCAGCAGAAUUACGUUUUAAUUAAGCUUAGAGCACGUGUAGAGCAUUUAUAGCGCUACUAGUGUAGUCAGUUACGAUAGCAUAUGUAUCCGAUUAAGGUAAGAAAUUCUUUUCUUCGUUAUAAUGUUCCUAGAGAUACAAAAAAAAAAAACAAUCUUUGUAAUAAUUCGUAUAAUAUUAUUAAUUUACGAUAUGCUCUUUUUUGGAGCAUACUCGGUACUUAACUCUAUUUUUACACCAUUUUUAUGUUGAAUAAAUUUCAAAGUUAAACGGCCACAUUUGGCAGUAAAUAAAAGCUUUUGUUAGAAACGUUAUAAAUAAAUAAAUUAUA